UCAUGCCGCUCCCCGAAAGGCCGUGCCCGGUUUGUCUCCUGUAGUGCCAUAGAGGAUCAUUAACUUCUCUGCACUUACUCAAACUUAAUUAUGAAACAUUGGCUGCACUUGAAUGCACCUUGACCUCCUGUGGCGCUUGGAGGGGGCAGGAGAGAAAAUCUGGAAGCCCCACCCUGCCCGGAGCCCGCCCAGGAUCCCUGUCUUUCUCCCUCCCUUGCUAUUUUGGCGAGCAGCGAGACGUUAAUCUCUUCCAACUGGAGCAGCUUCACUCUGUUUUCAUCCCGAGAGGAGGCCAAAAGGAGCCGACCCCAGGUUGCCAUGACCUCUGCCAUCACCAGCUGUGAGCCUUCGCAAGCCUUGCAGAGAGAAGACAAUGUGCUCAACGGUCACACUGAGGGACCAAACAGGAAGAAGGGGGGGCAGUCCAGGAGCCCCAGCAGCAACAACCUGGUCUAUAGCAUCUUGGAGGUCCCACCAUGGUAUCUCUGCAUCCUCAUGGGAAUCCAGCACUUCCUCACGGCCCUGGGGGGGCUCGUAUCAGUGCCACUCAUCCUGGCCAAGGACCUGUGUCUGCAGCAUGACCCCCUGACUCAGAGCUACCUCAUCAGCACAAUUUUCUUCGUCUCUGGCUUCUGCACUCUCCUGCAAGUGUUUUUUGGAGUCAGGCUGCCCAUUCUCCAGGGAGGGACAUUUGCUUUUGUGGCACCCUCUCUGGCCAUGCUCUCCCUCCCCACUUGGAAGUGCCCACCGUGGACACUCAAUGCCAGCCUGGUGAACACCAGCUCUCCUGAAUUCACUGAAGAAUGGCAGAAGAGAAUCCGAGAGUUGCAGGGCGCUAUCAUGGUCGCUUCCUGCGUCCAGAUGCUGGUGGGAUUCUCAGGCCUCAUUGGGUUUCUCAUGCGCUACAUUGGCCCUUUGACCAUUGCUCCGACCAUCUCCCUGGUGGCCUUGCCUCUCUUUGAUUCUGCGGGCAACAAUGCUGGGAUCCACUGGGGCAUUGCCGCCAUGACCAUCUUCCUCAUCGUGCUGUUUUCUCAGUACCUGAAAAAUGUCGCUGUGCCCAUGCCCAUUUACAGAGGACAGAAGAAGUGCCACGUGUCUAAGUUCUACCUGUUUCAGGUCUUCCCGGUGCUGCUGGCGCUCUGCAUCUCGUGGCUUCUCUGCUUCGUGCUCACAGUCACCAAUACCCUCCCCACGGCCCCCACGGCCUACGGGCACCUGGCCCGCACCGACACCAAAGGCGAUGUCCUGAGCCGGGCUCCUUGGUUUCGCUUCCCUUACCCAGGACAGUGGGGCCUCCCCACCAUCAGCCUGGCUGGGGUCUUUGGGAUCAUUGCCGGGGUUAUCUCCUCCAUGGUGGAGUCGGUAGGCGAUUACUACGCCUGCGCGCGGCUGGUGGGGGCCCCACCCCCUCCGAGGCACGCGGUCAACCGAGGCAUCGGCAUCGAGGGUCUUGGCUGUCUGCUGGCAGGGGCCUGGGGGACCGGGAACGGGACCACGUCCUACAGCGAGAAUGUCGGGGCGCUGGGUAUCACCAGGGUGGGGAGCAGGACAGUGAUGGUCGCUGCCGGCUGCGUGCUUCUCCUGAUGGGCGUAUUUGGGAAGUUCGGGGCUGCCUUUGCCACCAUUCCAACCCCUGUGAUCGGAGGCAUGUUCCUGGUGAUGUUUGGUGUCAUCACUGCCGUGGGGAUUUCCAAUCUGCAGUACGUGGACAUGAACUCGUCCAGGAACCUCUUUAUCUUUGGCUUCUCCAUCUACUGUGGUCUCGCCAUUCCCAACUGGGUGAACCAGAACUCUGAGAAGCUCCAGACAGGGAUUCUCCAACUGGACCAGGUCAUCCAGGUCCUGCUGACCACGGGCAUGUUUGUCGGUGGAUUCCUGGGCUUUCUCCUGGACAACACCAUCCCCGGAAGCCUGGAGGAGAGAGGCCUCCUGGUGUGGAAUCAAAUCCAGGAGGAGUCUGAGGAGACUGCGAGGGCCUUGGAGGUGUACUGCCUCCCCUGUGGGAUUGGCUCCACGUCCUGCACGUCCUCCUGCGCCCAGCAUCUCCCCUUCUGGCCCACGGGGGAAGCUGGGAAAGGUGUCAGGACUGCAGCGUUAACUCCUGCCCGAGUUUCCAGCUGGCUGGUCCGCCCCGCAGAUUUCAGAUUUGCAGUCUCCACGAUUGUGUGAAACAGUUCCUUAAAGCAAAAUACCUAAACCUAUACCCGCACCUAUACCCAUCCCCAUCCGUAUCCUCUUGGUUCUGUAUCUCUGGCAGAUACAGGACUGGCUAACAAGGGAAACGAUAUCGUCAGUCAAGAUACAGGUAGAUACCUGACUGAUGUCGGAAGAGUCCUAGGUGGGGAGGAAGGGAGGAUAAGUAGCUUCUGAGGGGAUUUUAAAGCAACAUAUCCACCCCGGGCUGUGCCAUAUCCAGUGAGCCCUGCGGGGUGGGGAGCAGACGGCCGCUAGGGCUGAGGUGUGAAGGCAGGGGCGCUCCUCACACAUGGCUGUGGGGAGAAAGGAUGCUGUAUUCCCCUGAGGUCCACACAGACCGGGGGGGCCCCCGUAGGACGCGAUGCUCCAGGAAUGAGGACUAAACAGGAGUGGGGUGGGGGCUGGUUAGAGCUGAUUAGGCCCGCAUUGCUCGAGGACCUACUAUGUGCCGGCAUCUCUGUAGACAUUUCUUUCUUCCUUCCCACGUGCUGCCUUGUUCUUGGCUGCUGGAGUGGCUGGGGGUGGUUGUGAGCACGGGUGCUGAGCCCCCCUCUUUCUGCUCAGCACAGCCCCCAGUGGAGAGCCCCCUACCUGCCCCCCCCAUUUUGGUUGUUUAUAAAUAGUGAAGCGACAGUCCUCGCGUAUCCCCCAUGGGGGGGCCUCGGGGGUGGGCUCGUGACAGGACAUGAGGUGAGGGGCCAGCACUGGGGCUCAGGGCAGGCAGGACUGUGCUUGCGUCCUAACCCUUAACCUGCACCUCAGUUUCUUAUGUGGUCAUGAUGGGAAACGGUAAAAAGCCAGAGAAUCCUUUCUGUGCACGCUCGGUGUAUUGGUGAGGGGUCUCCAGAGAAACAGAGCCAAAAGGAUGUAGGAUGUGUGUGCAUGCACAUGUGUACACGCACGUCCACACAAGCACGUCUACAUAUUACAUACGUGUGCAGACACACGCAUAGAGAUUUUAAGGAAUGGGCUCAUGUGAUUGUGGACACUGGAAUGUCCCAAAUCUGUAGAGUAGGCAGGCAGACUGGGAAGAGUUGCUGUCUGUGUCCAAAGGCAGUCACUGGCGAUUUCCCUCUUCCUCGAGCUCAGGCUUCAGGGCUAUUUGAUCCUUCAACUGAUUAGGUGAGGCCGACCCACAUUAAGGAGGGUAAUUAUUCUGUAUUUACUCAAAGUCUACUAUUGUAAAUGUUUAUCUCAUCUGAAAAUACCUUCACAGAAACAUCUAGAAUAAUGUUCAACCAAAUACCUGGGUUCCGUGGCCCAGUCAAGCUGACACGUAGAAUCAACUAUCACAUCCCGUAUGUGCAGCCAGGAGCCUCACCAGAAAGCACUCAGAACACUCUGGGAUCUGGCUUGAACUCCAUUUAGGAGUCUUUAUUACCAGAAGCAGCAGAGGAAGCUGGUUCUGCCCCGAUGUCCUGUAGCUCCUACAGCACACGAGUGGUCAGCACCGUUCCUGGGCUCCCAGGGCAUGCAGGAUGAGUGAGUGGCCUCCAGAACUCUCUAGAACCCACCAGAACUAUGUCGUGACUUCAAGGUGUGCUGAAAGUACCCAGUGUCAUGGCACCUCUGGGGACAGACCCCACCUGUCCUUUCUUGAAAGGCCCGUGGCCCGGGCUUCAGCCAGGCUGCCCCCAGGACCCCCGUAAAGAGGAACACAGCAGGAGCAGGUGUGUGCCUUGGCAUCCGGCCAACCCCUCACACCAAACAACCCUGAGGGACUGACACAGGGCCACACUACUUUGCAAAUACUUUAUAACAAUCAGAAACGGAAACCAUCCAAAUGCUCUGGGACAGCCACUCCAAAAUGUCCCGGAAGGCUGAGGCAGGUACGGCUUUGGCUGUCGGCAUAGUACUUGGAAGCUGCCCACCCCCGUUCACCCCCUCCCUUCCCAGCCCUUGUGCGUCACAGGUCUUCAUCAUCGAAGGUCUCCAUGCACCUCAACAUGAUCAUCUCAUCAUCAACGGGGAGGUCUGGUUCCUGCAAAACACAGGGUGGAAGAGGAUCAGUUUUUAUUUAAGGAAUCCAGUCCCCAGGCAGAUGAGAAGGCCCCCACGUCUCCCCUAGAGUCCACCCCAUCUCUUGCUGCAUCUUCUCUAGCUUCCGGCCAGGAAGUAAGGGCUACGGGGGAGGGCGGGGGGCAGGUCCCUUUUCCGUUUCACUCAACUCCACACUCUAUGAUCUUCAGAAAGGGUUUUCUUGGCUGCUUUUCCAUCCUGGGGGUUUCCAGGAUCACGUAAGAGGCGGGGGGUGGGGAGGUGGACAGCAUCAAAGCUUGUUCCAAACGCCCAUCAAUGGAGGACAGUGAGUUAUGCCAUGGUGCACCCACCAAGGGAAUACCAUGCAGCUAUUUGAAAUUAAAGGAAUGAGAUUGUUCUCUCUCUGUGGGGUAUACUAUUUAAAAGGAAAAGAGUGAAGUACAAGGCAGUGUGCAGAGUAGACUAUCAUUUGUGUUUGAAAGAAUAUAUAAAUAUCUGUAGAGUAUCUCUGGAUGGCUGCACAAGAAACUGGUGACGGUGAUUGCCUUUGGGGAAAGGAAUGGGGGCAUAGCCAAGGGACGCUGGUAGGAGACUGAGUUUUCUUUGUAUAUCUUUUGGUAACUUUCAAGUUUUAAACUAUGUACAUGGGUUGACUAUUAGAUAAUUUUUUUUUAAUUUUUUUUAACCUUUAUUUAUUUUUGAGACAGAGAGAGACAGAGCAUGAA